CCCCGCCGCCGCCGCCGCCGCGCUGCAGGACUGGCUAUGGCCACCACUACUUCCGGGUUCCGUCACUUCAUUCUCCCGCCGAUCAGCGCCGCAAAACUGAGCCUCUUCUAUAAGGCAGCCGGCAGCCAACCUGCCAACACUUACUGACACUCACUCAUCCCAGGGAGUGAGGGAGAGAGGGAGACAAAAUACCUGCCGGGAGGAAAAAAAAAAAAAAAAAGGAGAGAGGGGGAAGUCCGGGCUUUGCAAACUAUUCAAUUUUUCUUCGCAUCUUUCCCCACCCCCCUUCACAGUACUUUGAAAAAAACAAACCAAAACCAAAACCAACAACCCUAUAAGCGAUCCUAAAAGGCAAAACCCGAGCACGGAGUUACUGGAAGAAGCAACCGGGGUUAAAAAGAUUCCUCCUCUCUUCUUCAUCAUCAUCAACCAUCAUUCAUUCACUACCUUGACAUUCCCUGGCUUUGAUUGACAGCUGGAGUGGCAAAAAGCCAUGAGACACGACAGUUUGGUUACAUGUGGGUUGCUGACGGGCCGAUCGUAACCUUCAGUUUGGGGGCUUGACAAUUUUUUUUUUUUUUUUUUUUUUUUUUGCGUAGAGAAAGAAAAAAAGGAAAAAGAGAGACAGAAAAAGGAAAGAGAAAGAGACAGAAAAAAGAAGAAAACACAGAAACUCAUCGUGGUUCUUGACUGUUUUUUAUAUAUUGUUGUUGUUAUUGUUGUUGUUAUUAUUAUUAUUUACCCAUAUUGGAGGAUAGGAGAAGUCUAUAAGUGGGUUGCAAAAAAAAAAAAAAAAAGGAAUCUUCUUCACUCUAAAUCACUUUCUUUGCUGGACUGGGAUAUUAAAUAUACGACACAUCCAGGAGUUUAUUGGAGCGCAGACUGAUGGCGCAAAGGUACGAUGAGCUGCCCCACUACGGCGGGAUGGACGGAGUAGGGGUUCCGGCGUCCAUGUACGGGGACCCCCACGCCCCCCGGCCGAUCCCCCCGGUGCACCACCUCAACCAUGGGCCGCCGCUCCACGCCGGACAGCACUACGGCGCCCACGCCCCGCACCCCAAUGUCAUGCCGGCCAGCAUGGGCUCCGCUGUCAACGACGCUCUGAAGCGGGACAAGGAUGCGAUCUACGGGCACCCGUUGUUCCCCCUCUUAGCUCUGGUCUUUGAGAAGUGCGAGUUGGCGACCUGCACGCCCCGGGAGCCCGGCGUGGCCGGCGGGGACGUCUGCUCCUCCGACUCCUUCAACGAGGACAUCGCCGUCUUCGCUAAACAGGUCCGCGCCGAAAAACCACUUUUUUCUUCAAAUCCAGAGUUGGACAAUUUGAUGAUCCAAGCAAUACAAGUACUAAGGUUUCAUCUUUUGGAAUUAGAAAAGGUUCAUGAAUUGUGUGAUAAUUUCUGCCAUCGGUACAUUAGUUGUUUGAAAGGAAAAAUGCCAAUAGACCUCGUUAUUGAUGAAAGGGAUGGCAGCUCCAAAUCAGACCAUGAAGAACUCUCAGGAUCUUCCACAAAUUUAGCCGAUCAUAAUCCUUCAUCUUGGAGAGACCACGAUGAUGCAACCUCAACGCACUCGGCAGGCACACCAGGGCCCUCCAGUGGGGGCCACGCUUCCCAGAGUGGAGACAACAGCAGCGAGCAAGGUGAUGGUUUAGACAACAGCGUAGCCUCACCUGGUACAGGAGAUGAUGAUGACCCAGACAAGGACAAAAAGCGUCAGAAGAAAAGAGGCAUUUUCCCCAAAGUAGCAACAAAUAUCAUGAGAGCGUGGCUUUUCCAGCAUCUCACACAUCCAUAUCCUUCAGAGGAGCAGAAGAAACAGUUAGCCCAAGACACGGGACUUACAAUUCUACAAGUAAACAACUGGUUUAUUAAUGCCAGAAGAAGAAUAGUACAGCCUAUGAUUGACCAGUCAAAUCGAGCAGGUUUUCUUCUUGAUCCUUCAGUGAGCCAAGGAGCAGCAUAUAGUCCAGAGGGUCAGCCGAUGGGAAGCUUUGUGUUGGAUGGUCAGCAGCACAUGGGAAUCCGGCCUGCAGGUUUGCAAGGCAUGCCAGGGGACUACGUAUCUCAGGGUGGUCCUAUGGGUAUGAGUAUGGCACAGCCAAGUUACACUCCUCCCCAGAUGACCCCACACCCAACUCAAUUAAGACAUGGACCCCCAAUCCAUUCAUAUUUGCCAAGUCACCCCCACCACCCAGCCAUGAUGAUGCACGGAGGACCCCCUAUCCACCCUGGAAUGACCAUGUCAGCACAGAGCCCCACAGUGUUAAAUUCUGUAGACCCCAGUGUUGGUGGACAGGUUAUGGACAUUCAUGCCCAAUAGUAUAAGGGAACUCAAGGGAAAAACAAAACAAAAACAAACAGAAACUAUUUUAAGACUUUUGAACUUUGACCAGAUGUUGACACUUAAUACGAAAUUCCAGACAGCUGUGAUUAUUUUUUACUUUUUGUCAUUUUUCAUCAACAACAGAGGACCAAUGAAACAAGAACACAAAUGUGAAAUCAUGGGCUCACUGAAAUGAAUAUGUCCAUGUACAGAUCCUCUGGAAAAAAAAAGACUCCAAGAGUUAUAACUACUGUAGUAUAAACAUAGGAACUAAGUUAACUUGUACAUUUCUGUUGAUCACUCCGUUACGUUGCCUCAAAUAGUUUUAGAAGAAAAAAAAAAUCCUUGUUUUCCACACUAUGUGUGUUGUUCCCAAAAGAAUGACUGUUUUGGUUCAGCAGUGAAGUCACUAUCCAUGAAAGACCUGUUUUGGCCAGUGAGAAAAGAACUACCCUGGAGAUGAAGAUGAAAAGUCUUGCUGGGUCUCUCAUCACUCAGAAGACUGUUCCAAGAAGGCCUUGCCAUUCCCUCAUUUUGUUCCUUCAUAAAAUGUGUCCUUUAGUUUCAAAGAGAUCUUUAUAGUUUGUGCUUCAUUAAGUCUCUCCCCAUUCCUCCCAAUCUUUUUUUUUUUUUUUUUUGGACUCUUCUUCAAAGAGCUUGCAGGUGAAGAUUUAAAAGACAGAACAGACAGAGCAGAAGCUUCUUCCAGUAGUUCUGAGCCUUGGCUUUGGACAAAACAAAACUAAAAGUUGGGCAGCUUUCCUCAAUGAAAGAAGUUACUAACGGUCUUUGCACCAAACCUAGGACUUUAUCAUGAACUCAAAGCUUGGGCAAAAAAAAAGCAAGAGAAUACUGUAACAAACUUCGUACAGAGUUCGGUCUAUUAAUUGUUUCAUGUUAGAUAUUCUAUGUGUUUACCUCAAUUGAAAAAAAAAGAAUGUUUUUGCUAGUAUCAGAUCUGCUGUGGAAUUGGUAUUGUAUGUCCAUGAAUUCUUCCUU